UUUGCCACUCGGUAGUCCGACGAGUAUUUAGAAGCUCGAAACUAUCCCCUGCUACCGCAAUCUCUCGUUUACUUUAUACCAAAAUUCAUCGAAGUUAACGAAACGAAACCGGUCUAAUGAUAACAUCAUUCCAUCGAGUUCGGUGAUAAAUUCCUCGAGAAGUUUUUGAAAGACCAGCGUCUUUGUUUGCUCAUUUCACGAGUAAAACUGCAGCGGUGUUGUCCAGUUCCUGAUAUCCAAGGAGGGAAGUACCACCUGUUGCAAGUCAAAGAAUCAAUAGAAAAGGAGAACGACCUGAUGAGUAUCGAUUCCAUUUAUGAAAAAUCAGAAAAAUUUGAAAAUUCUACUUUCUGCUACAUAACUUUACAUUCAUUGGAUAACGCAGAGAAACAUUUCGAUAAAUAAUUGAAACUACAACGUCAUUGGCGGUCUGGAGAGACUUUGAAAUUGUAUAUCACUGCUGAAUACUCCGAUACGUUAAACUGAAGGAAAGAGAAAGAGAACAAAGGAAAUCGGUUCAACUUUAACGUCAUCGAUUGAAAGUCAUACGUUAUCAACUCACCAACAUUCCUCAUGGCUACUAAUAGUGACAAAGCAUUUUCCUAGCAUAGGAGAACAAUCUCGUGUCCAGGAAAUCUUGGUUACGAGUGUAAUUAAAAACUAAAAUCGACUUCAAGUUCGACUUAAUCGCGUGAUAUACAUAGGCCAUUAUUUAUACAUAUAUAUACAUAUAGAUUGUGAAUUACAAUAAUAAUAAAAUAAAAAACUGAAUUCUUUGAACAAAAUAAGAAAAGAGAGAAAAUCUCACGUUGAAAACAAUCUGUAAAAAUUCUUUCCAAGGUGGAUCAACCGUGUUUGUUAAACGAAUUUGUUCGUUCGAGUGUAGUUAUGUUUUCCAUAGAAUACAGCAAGCAAUUCUUAAGCUAUCGCAUACUAAAAUCCAACCGUUUCAAGUACAUCUGACGAUACGGACUCGGACAAAGUGUUUAAUUAGUGCGCGAUAGUGUUCGAAGGCCGGGCUGCGUUGCGGCGGCUGCAACAGCGUGAAAAAAAUCAAACUGCAACCGAUUGGCGAGACCUGAAACGUCUUGCGAAGAAAGGGGUGAAAAACAAACAAAAAAAAAAAAACAGUGAACAAAAUUAAUAUCAAAAAAAUUAGAGGAAUUCGAAUGAUACGGGGGAGAAAUUUUGCCGCCUCUUGUCCGGUCGUCUGAGCAAAGCCAAAAUUUAACAAGGUUUCAGCUAGAGUCGACGAAACGGGCAAUCCGACCCAUUGAAAUUCGUUAGUUAGACGAAAAUUUCAGGGUCAGAAUAAACGAAUAUAAAAUCAACGGGGGCGGGGGCGAACCCCUUUCUCAAAAGGAAAUAGAGAUACAAAAUUGUAAUUUAUUUGAAAAUAAAGAAGGUAAUUGGCUAAAGAUGAAAAAAACAGUGAUACGUAUCGUCGUACGUAUGUGAAAAAAGUAACACGAGUUUCAUACAUUUGGACAUAAUUCAAAUUCAGAUAACAUUAAUAUCAAUACCGUAACUGUACCUGUUUAAUUGAAACACCCUUAUCGUACCGCCGUUGUACAUCCUAUCCCAUUGUUAUUUUCACCAUAGAAAGAGAAAUGAGAACGAAGAAAAUCUAGCGUCGAAAGAGGUGCGGAUUUUGGACCUCGCUGUAGGGUCCGUAACUGGACUUGAGGAAAAAAAUCGGAAGGAAAAGCGUAAAAUUCCAGCUCAAAAUUUCCACGUUUCAUCGAUUGAAAUUUUUGUUUUCCUUGUAUAUGCUCUUAGAUUACGCGUCGUUGUAAAAAAAAUUUAGACAAGAUCAAAAAAAAAACAAUCUGCACGUCUACGGGGUAUAUAACUGCAAAGUAUAAAGAUUGAAAAAGAAAAAAACAAAAGAAUCAUAUUGAAAUUGUGAAAAGGGAAAAAUAUAACUAAAUAAAAUGAUUGUUUACGUACCCGGCAGAAUGCCAAACCACGUUAGUCCCUACGGCGUGGCUCGCUACCCAGGUAGCUUCCUGGGGAGCGCUCCUGCAGAGUACAGGAGCCUGGUGACUCCAUUUUCGGGAAAUCCAAUUGCGAACUACUAUUCAAAUUUGAACCUGGACCAUCCUCGGCCGGACUUUUCGGCUUGGCCACGCAGGAUGCCCGUUGAAGAAGAACUAGGAACUUCCCCACCCGCAGGACUUCCGAGUCUUGGAGCUUCACCCAACAGCCUCGGAACCGCAGGACCUCCGAGUCCGGCCCACAGCGACUCAGACGCCUCAAAUUCUAGCUUGGAACUUGGCUCUGUUAGGAGGGGAGAAAAUACGCAGCUCAAGUGCAGAUGGAUCAAUUGCGGUCGAUGGUUUACAUCUUUGGAACAACUUGCCGGACACGUUGCUAGAUUGCACGCGGCUCCUGGACCGAAAGGGUUGUUUUACUGUGGAUGGGAAGGCUGCGCGAGAGGCGAUCGAGGAUUUAAUGCCAGGUACAAAAUGCUGGUGCAUGUCCGUACUCACACGAACGAGAAGCCGCACCAUUGUUUCCAAUGUGACAAAAGUUUCAGCCGCGCGGAGAAUUUAAAAAUUCACGCCCGCUCUCACACGGGAGAACGGCCUUACGUUUGUCCGGUUGAGGGAUGUAACAAAGCGUACUCAAAUUCGUCGGAUCGUUUCAAACACACGAGAACACACGCCGUGGAUAAACCGUAUUGUUGUAAAGUACCGGGUUGCCCUAAGAGAUACACGGAUCCUUCGUCCCUCAGAAAACACGUUAAAACUUACAGACACUAUGUGAACAACAACGAUAAAAUGCAGGAGAAAAGUUUCGACGAGAAUAGUAGUCAGGAAAAAAUGAUAUUCGAAACCCCCGAGAAACAGAAUGUUUCGGAAUCGGAUAAGAAGGAUUCUAGUAUCGAGAGCAACGCGAGUUCGAGUCCUAAAAUGAGUUACAGUUUUGAAGAACAACAAAAGUUUGUCGAACGGAAUAAUUUUUACAAUCUUGAGAGGAAGGAGGGCCACGUUAUCCCUUCGAAAUUCGAAAACGACGUAAAAGUAUAUACGAGAAUAUACGAUGAGAAUUAUAUUUUACCGGAAAGAAUUCAAGCUAAUCCACUCUACGCACAGUGUCCGAAUACCGACGUUUCACCCCGUACUAGUCCACCGCACGACAUUUUCCCAAGAAUCACGAUGCAAUCCACGCCAAUAAAAAUUGAGGAACCGAGCGAAUAUCAAAGAUCAAUAACAACAGCAGCAACGGUUGAUUAUCGAAACAUAGAGUCGAUCGUUAACAGCAUUCCAAGAAAAGAACUUUCGACAUGUGAGACGAGGAAUUCUGUGAUAAAAAGGGCUGAAGAUGUAAAAAUGGAAAUCGAACAACCGAAAGAGACCAAAGAGGCAACUACGGAAUGCUGCUGUCAUCAUAAAUGUUGUAAUCAUAGCAACGAAAGCAUACUUGAAAAAACGAAAAUUCUCUCCGACUUGAUAUCGAAAGCGCAAAAUCCAUUAUUUAGGCAUUUGCUUGGUUCGGUGGAUCUCCAAUACGGUUUACAAAAUAUGUGGAAUAACAUGGCUGACACGACAAAUACUUGCGGGCAAGAUUUGAGGGUGAAGAAUAAUGACACAGUUACAGAAAUGGAACAAGAUCUGCCGUUAGAUCUGACUAUUAAUAAAUGAUUACCUACUCAAUGAUCAUGAUUACCAAAUACUAUGCAAGAUUGAAAUUUCUUUCACUUAUCACGAUUCUUUUAUCCGCCCUGUUAUCUUACCAUUUCAAACGCAAAUGUGAAAACCAAAUAGAAGAAACAAAAAAACGAAAAAAAAAUCUUAAUGGUAAUUUCACAGAUGGCUAAGUGUCGUUGAAAAAGAUUUCAAUCUAUUCCACCGGUGUACAAAUUCCGUUGUUUUGAUCAAAUAGUAAAGCCAAAUAUAUUUAAAAUGUAUACGAAUCAAUCAGAAAUAUUCGAAAUCAAAUACGAUUUGCUCAAUAUAAUCUAUUUGCCUUAUCAUGCUUUAACGAUAAGUUAUGUUAUGCUCCAAGUUUGUACCAAAAUGUUAUCACCGAUUGCUGCCUUAGACCAUCAUUGGUAUAUCCUAUGUAUAUUCAUAUGUUUACGCAGAAUACGUAUGCAUAUAUAUAAUCACGACCUUUGAACUGGCAUGAUACAAAAGUGAGAAGCAUUCUUCACUUUGUUUCGAAUGUAAAUAAAAAAAUAAAAAAAAAACAUAAAAAUGUGAAAAGAAGUGCCUUAUUCUACAAGAUGAGCUGUAUAACAAUGUGACUACCUAAUAAACCGUAUUAUUUAUAUGAAGAA